AAGUCGGAUAGCUAGCCAUCGAUUUGUCGUCACUUUUAAAUUUCACAGGCGAAACAAUUUCGGUAUAGACGCUAGCAUCUCCACAAGAUACCUCAAACUGUACUUAAAGGGUGCCCAGAGCCUUGGCAGGAAACCAAGCUAAAGAUUAUCGAUCACACUAGAGAAAUAACUUUGUAUUAAUGAGCGCUUCGGCUUCAUAACACAGCUAUGCAGAAGGGUGAAACUUGGAUACUUUAUAUUGUUAUUGGAACAUGGAUUGUGUUGGGAACCCGAGGAGUGAGUUUAUCGAGGCACCAAAAGCCGACGGCGUUUGAGAGAAUCGAAAAGAUUAAUUCACGAUUUGACAAAUACAACGAUCACCUAUAUUACCAAGGUGACAUGAAAUUACCAAGAAGUCCCCAGCAACACCAAAGAUCACAAGGAUCUAAUCUAUUCAACGCCGCCAUUCGUGGAGACAACACGAAUCUAUGGCCCAAUGGAAUCAUCCCUUAUACCGUAGCAUACCAUAUAAAAAAGAAUGCAAAGAAAUAUAAAAUUCUUAAAAAUGCCAUGGAGGAAUGGGAAAAAAAGACGUGUAUACGAUUCGUAGAGAGGACCACGCAAACCGACUACGUGGAGUUCUACCACGGGGAAGGGUGUAACUCGGACGUGGGUCGCGUCGGUGGCCGGCAGACGACUUCACUUGGAGGUGGCUGCGCACAUCACAGCAUUAUCGUCCACGAGUUGGGUCACGUGAUCGGCUUCUGGCACGAGCAGAAUAGACCAGACCGCGACAAGCACGUGGAAAUCGUGUGGGAGAACAUCAUUCCGAAAUUCCAGUUCGCUUUUACAAAAUACAACAACAAGAAGAUCGACAGCCUUGGCGUGCCUUACGACUAUUACAGUGUGAUGCAUUAUGGAUCCAAAGCGUUUUCCAAGAACCACAAGCCCACCAUCCGGUCACGCAAGGCCGAUAUCACAGAGUUCGGCAGUGCGCACAUCAGUCAGUAUGACGCUAAGCAGGCCAACUUGUUGUACAAUUGCCCAGAUUACCCAGAAUUCCCUAAAGAUUUCUUCUGGAAAACAAAUGGUCCAGUACCGGCGGGCUCUGAAUGUGUGCGGUUCUACGAGCCCAAGGAUCGGUACAACUGGCGCAGGAGCUACCUGUGUUACCGCAAAGACCGCAUGGCCCUGGACAUCCAGUUUUCCCAUAACGGAGCAGUAGAGGACAAGGAGUGCAUUCAGACAGCAGCACACACCAAGAAUCAGGACGUCUGGUUUGAUAACCACUUCUGCUGGUCCCGCUAUGGGGUGUAUAAAUUUACUUGGUUGACAUCAAGGCCUUCUCCAAGUCAAGCAGAAAAGUGUUUGAACAUUACGAACCCGAGGGACCCUGAGUGGAGUCAGGGGGAGUAUUACUUGUGCGCAGACAAGGAUCAGAAGCCUGUCGAUGGUCAAUGGUCGCCCUGGGCCUCCUGGACAACAUGUAGCCGACCAUGCGGUGGAGGUCUCCAGUCACGUGCUCGCACGUGUUCCAAUCCACGCCCCUCUUACCGCGGCAAGUACUGUGUCGGGGACUCGCUACAAAGACAGCGCUGCAACGAGCAAAAGUGUGAAGAGUGGCCAUCGUUUCCGUCGGAUUUCAGCUACGGCAAACGUCGGUUCAUCAGCCCCGAUGAUGUCUGUGUGAGAACAUACGAACGACUUGACUACUUUCAGUGGACCAACUACGUAUUCUGCUCCCCGAAUAACAAGCGAGACCCCGAGUUCAGCUGGUCUGACCACGGGCCCAUACCCAACAUGCUUUGCACGCGCAUCUAUGUACCUAAAGAGGUGGAGAAGGCCAAACGCAAGGGAUCAUGGGACGAUAAUUACUUGUGUAUGAAGGACGACUCUUCGCCUUACAGGUUUCGCUUCUCGUAUAAUGGACCUAUUCCUGGUCUCGACUGUAUGCAGUGGUACGCAAAAGACGGAAAAGACGGAUGGGACAAGACCUUCCUCUGCAACGAACGGACUGUCACAGACCAUUCCCGAAUACCUGAGGUCGCCCGCCCUAUCAAUGGUCAGUGGUCGUCGUGGGAAGGCUGGCAAGCGUGCAGUAAAUCUUGUGGAGGCGGUGUACAAAAACGCAUGCGCAAAUGUAACAACCCCAUUCCAUCAAAUGGCGGGAGCACUUGUCGAGGAAGAGAUCUGGACGAGAGAGCCUGUAACAUCAAAAGUUGUCCACACACCUGUAGCGGUACGUAUGUUGCUGACGGUGGUCGCUUCACAUCUCCCGACUUCCCACUGAACUACCCGGAUAACAGCGACUGCACGUGGCUGAUCCAGGUCGCGGAAGGAAAGAUUAUCUCGCUGAGGUUCAACUACUUUGACGUUGAAGGUCCUAUCUGUACGUACGACUGGAUCGCUAUCCAUGAUGGUCCAUCGGUCAAGUACCCCCUCCUUGGGAAGUUCUGCGGUUCUACAAUACCCGCGACUGUCCGGUCCACCGGCCAUUACAUGUGGAUCAAGUUUAAGACAGAUGACCGGACAAGCCAUAAAGGAUUCGAUAUCUCAUGGACCUCGCUACAGGACCCAACAUCGAAAAGGAUACCAAGGUGUGGUGGUCACGUGACUCGAAGCACUGGUUCCUUGACGAGCCCAGGCUUCCCGACCGCGUACCCUGGCGCUGUAGAUUGCACUUGGGUGAUCACGGGAGAUCGAGGCAAGAGACUGCAGGUCUGGUUUGAUCACUUCGACAUCGAGAACUCACAUGAGUGCCAAGCGGACUAUGUGCACGUGAGAGAUGGCAAGACAGAGUUGGCCACGUCACUGGGAAAAAAGUGCGGUCGGACAGCGCCAGGUCCGUUUAAAAGUUUGGGAGAUAGUAUUAGAUUGACUCUGCAUUCGAACGGUCAGACAGAAAGAAGUGGAUUCCGAAUCCGUUGGAGAAGUGUUGAUCUUGGUGGCCGUCAUGCAACACCAGCACCUACUCCUGCAGCUAACGACUGUCCGCCUGGCUGGAUCAGCCACUCAUUCGGAGAACAUGUCUACUGCUAUCUGAUUAAGAGGAACUAUCACACAUGGUUCGAGGCGAGGCGUCACUGUAUGAGUAGCAUAAGUGGAAAGUACAAAGCCGAUCUUCUCAGCGUGUUAAGUAAGGAAGAAGAGAACUUCGUGAUCAAGGACCUGAACCCGAGACACAACCUGGGAGAGUCCUUCAUGUGGUUGGGUCUGAAUGACAGACUCAGGGAGGGAGAGUGGGCCUGGAGCGACAGGCAAGAGACACAAAAGUAUAUAAACUGGGCUCCGGGUGAUCCCAACGAUGGAGGGUACUUACGCAAUGAGGACUGUGGUGUUCUCAAACCGGACGGCAAGUGGAACGACUACCCAUGCAAUUCACGCUUCAGAUACAUCUGCAAGACCCAAGCAGUUUAAAAUCAAGAUGAUCUGAGGUCUAUUUAAAGUUCUGCCACUCGACUUUGUGGCUCAUUCGGCCAAGUGGGCAUCAAUUGAUCAAUUGUACAGGAAUGACGGAAAGCAGGCACUUAUAGUAAGCAUCUCGUCAAGAGGCGGAGAUGUUAGACCUAGGAACACACAGCAAGGGGGUGUCAUGGGAGGUAUCAUCAUAUUUCCUUGAAUUGUUCUCGAUCGAAAAGCGCAUUUUGAUUCCAGUUAUUUCAAAAUCUCCUUAUCUAUAUAUUUGGUAAAGACUAUACGUAAUGUUGAGAACAUCACCGAGAUAAUUUAUUUCUACUUACGCUUAACAUUUGUCAUUAAUCAGUUACCAAAUGUUCAGGGAAAUUCACGGUAUUAUCGGUACUGUCUUAGAUACUUUACUGUUAAAUAACACGCCACAAACCAGCAUAGUCAAAAGGCAAAAGAGGCUGGUAAGUGCGGGUUUCUGUUGACGUCAUAUCAACAAUCACAGAAAACCUAAACCAACACAGGAAACCCAAAAAGAACAACAAGAAGUACUGUAGGCUGCGCACAAACCAAUCAAAUUCGUAAACAAACAAAAUAGAAGAAUGUGAGAAUUUGAUGGAGGCGCGGGUUCAAUCCCAUCGCACCGUUAAAUUUCACAUUCUUUUUUUGUAUUUCUCGAAUAGAUAAUUUGUAAUUAAGUGAUAUUCUGGGUACUGGCAUUUGAAAUUAUUAGAACUAUUUUAAAGCAAAGCUGCUUUUUAUAAGCAGAUGUACAAGGAGAUAAAUGGAUUGUACCAAAGGAAGAUCGAAUUCUCAAGAUUGAGAAGUUAAGCAUGACAACGCUAUAGAAAAUUAUAUAUAGUAAUUUAUAUUAAAUAUUUUGAUAAUUCUUUUUUUGUAGAUAUAUAAAUGAUUGACUCUAUUUUUAAGCAUGAUUCAUUUACAUCUGUAAUUAAACGUGAUUUAUUCACUUUCAGCAGGGCUACAGUAAUAGGGGAUAGAUAAGAAGCUUCAGUUAAAUAUGUUCACUUAACAUUUUGUAGAUUACUAACUUGUUAGUGGUGUACAAAAUGAUUUGUAAAAUCAAUAUACUCUUUUUGAACUGUGUGUCAGUAAACUCCCGUUAGUAACACCAAAACACGUGACGAAAAGUUAUAUUACCUAGCCUGUAAAAUAUAAAUAUUAAUAAAUUGGUUUAGAAUAUCA